CAUGCGUCUUUCUGGGAAGUUAUGUCGUUGGGAGGUUAAGUUUGUUCGGUUUCCACGGGCUCUCGGUUUGUUCCCGUCAAUGCGGCGGAGACGAUUUCACUGCGGGAGUUCCCAGCGUCGGGCGAUGUCUUAGGCUGUGAAGGCGGCGGGAUGCAGCGGGUCACGGAGCUCGGGCAAAAGGAGCGCGGCCGGAUUUGGCACCGCAAGCCCAGGGCUUCAGCGAGCGACGGUGUUAUAGUUAAUGUUGUUCAUAAUAUGGUGGGCUAUCCCUCGAGGAUUAUUCGAUUCCUUCAUGUUGCAUUUGAUACUGCAGGCGAAGCCUUUCUUGCUGGUGACCAUCAGGGCAAUAUCUAUGUCUUUGACCUGAGUAGGAAUAGCUUUAAGCUGGUGCAGCAAACUGGACAAGCAUGUACAGCAUUAGCUUUCAAUCUCCGAAGGAAUACCGAAUACUUGGUCGCUCUAGCAGAUUAUUCUGUGAAAUGUUUUGACACAGAGACUAAAGAGCUAGUGAGCUGGAUGAAGGGACAUGAGUCAGCAGUUUCAUCCAUUUCUGUGGACGGAUCUGGACGAUAUGCCAUCACAACGUCUGUUGAUACAGCUCAACUGUGGGACUUGGAUACAUUCCAACGAAAGAGGAAAUUAAAUGUAAACACAUCCGUUGGCAUUCAAAAGGUUUGUUUCCUUCCACUGAGUAACACAAUCCUUAGUUGUUUUAAAGAUGACUCUGUUUUUGCCUGGGAAAGUGAUACACUCCAUUGCAAGUACCAAUUACCAGUUACAGAUGAAACCCGGAUACAUUAUAAAUCCUUUGCUAUCACCAGGGAUGGUCAAAUUUUAAUAGCAGGAGGGAAAUCAAAUUGUCUUCACCUUUGGAGCCUGAAUGCAAGACAGCUGCAGCGGAUAAUCCAGAUGCCGCCAAAGGUGCGAACAAUUCGCCAUCUUGAAUUUCUCCCUGAUAGUUUCGAUGGUGGAUCAAGCCAGGUUGUUGGAGUACUGAGCCAGGAUGGCAUCAUGAGGUUUCUCAACAUCCACACUUGCAAGCUUCUCUUUGACAUUGGAAGCCUUGAUAAUGGAAUUAGCUCCGCAGCAAUCAGUCCAAAUGGGCAUUACGUUGUAGCUAUCCUAGAGGAUGGCAGCCUUGCGAUUUACAGUGUCAAAGCUUUAUCAGAAGAAUUAAAUAAGCCACCUCCCCCACUGGUUAAAGUUGUUGCAGACAAGGAUAAGAAUUCUAAAAAUGAAAGUGUUUCAUCUGGCCUGAAAAUGCGAGUGACAUCUGGAAAAGUAGAAAGACCUCAGAAAGGAAAGUCAACUGGGAAGGAAGUCCAGGCUAGGAUCCUAAAACCAUCUGGCACUAUCUUGGAGGACAAAGAGAAUGUGCUUCCAGCGGGUCUUAAUAAAAAGCGGUUACGGGCUCUGCUGAAAGAAUUCGGGGAAUACCCAGAAAAGUACAGGAUGUUUAUUUGGCGUGGUCUGCUGCAGCUGCCUGAGAACCAUGCAUCCUUCAGUAGCCUUACUGACAAGGGCACACAUCCUGCCUACCUGGGAAUACACGAAAAAUAUCCCAUCAAAAGUCGAAAACUUCUCAGAGUUCUUCAACGGAUAUUGUCGGCUAUGGCUCAUUGGUCAACCAUCUUUAGUGAGGUCUCUUAUCUUCCACUACUCGCAUUCCCAUUUGUAAAACUCUUUCAGAAUAACCAAUUGAUUGGAUUUGAAGUUGUCGCUACUGUUAUAGUAAACUGGUGCCAGCAUUGGUUUGAAUAUUUUCCAAAUCCUCCAAUAAAUCUCCUGGGUAUGAUUGAGAACAUUCUGGCCCACCAUGACAAGGAACUAUUGCAGCAUUUGGUGAACUACAACAUAACCUCACAGUCCUAUGCUUGGCCGCUUCUUGAGACGCUGUUUUCUGAGGUACUAACAAAAAACGAGUGGCUGAGGCUGUUUGACAACAUUUUUUCCAAUCAUCCAUCCUUCCUGUUGAUGGCAGUAGCAGCCUAUUUAAUUUGUUCUCGAGCUCCACUGCUUCAUUGCAAUAUAAAAGAAGACCUUGAGAAUUUCUUCCAUCACCGCAAUACCUUGGACCUCGAAGCAGUAAUCAAGGAAGCAUACCAUCUAAUGGAUACCACACCUGACGAUGUCCAUCCCAAGCGUAUGCUGGAUGACUUUGUACCAUUAACCAAGGGCCAGUAUCCAAUAUUUAAUAAAUAUCCAACAUUUAUUAUUAACUAUCAGACUCAAGAACGAGAGAGGAUUUGGCAGGAAGAGUUGGAAUACUUAAAGGAAAGGCAAUUGGCCCAUGAACUUCAGGCUGUGAGUGUCCGGAGGCAGGCUGAGAAUGCUGCCUGGUAUCGGCAGCAAGAGUUACUCCAGGAAGCUGAAGAACAGAGAAGAAAAGUCCUACAUGAAGAGGAGCAGAAGCUUGUGGAACAGAGAGUGAGACUUGCUGCUGUGAAUCGUGAAUUGAAGAUAAAAGAACUUCAAGUGUUGGAUGCAGCACAAAAGCGCUUCCUGAAGCAUCAACAAGAACAACAGAAAUCUGAAUUGAGGCGGCUCGAUGAUGAAAUUGAUAGAAAGAUUGCUCUCCGGGAAAAGGAAACUGCCGCAUUAAUUCAGGACAUCGAAGUGAGAAAUCUGGAACUGGAGAUGCAAAAGCAAAUAUUUGAGCAACAACUUGCCAAGGAGCAAGAAGCUAAGACACGAAGCGUGAAAGGACAACUGGGCAUCAACUGGAUCAAAGGCGAUAUCAAAGAACAAGAGUUUAAGAACCAGUUGGAAAUGGGCCAACGUCCAGGUGUAGAGGAAUAUAAGAACACCUUAGAGGAGUUGGCUGGAACCAAUCAGCUAUUGAAUAAUGAGGACUGGCAAGCACAGAUACUGAACAAACAAAGGGAAUACAGUUUAAAUCAAAAGAAAUCCCAGGCAGAAUUGGCAUGCCUUGCCACUGAGAAUAAAGAGAAAGAGGCCAAGCUUUUGGAUAUGAUGAAGGAACUUGAAGAUAAGCAAUGGGCGAAGGUUGCUGCAAAUCCCACCCAUCAGCAAGAGAAAGGUGAUGGUGCUGGUUGGAGACAUGAGUGGUUGCCUGACGGAGUGAACGAUGGCAUGGAAAUCGGUGAUCGCAUGCACAGAAACUCCUACAAUCCACUUGUGAGGCUUUAUGACUCAAGACCUGAAGGUCCAAUGAAACAAGAACGGGAUCUGUUGCUGGGCAGUGGGGACCAAAAGCAUACCUGUCUGUGUUUGAAUGACAUGUCAUUGGAUUCUUCAGUUCAGUUGUCUUUAGAUAGAGGAAGAAUGGACCUAGAAAGAAAGGAGCGUGAAGUAAUGACUGGCGUACGGGAGCUGAGACAAAAGCUUGCAAUGCGGGCUCUCCAGACAUAUUCAACUAACUCCCUCACAGACAGUACAAUAUAGAGCAAUUGUGUCAUUUAAUAAUAAAAACAGAAAAGCCAGGAGCACUCAGCAGGUCAGGCAGAAUUUGUUCAAGAGAAACAAAGUUUAACAUUGCAGGUUAAAGACUGUUUGCCAAAGUUACAGUAGUGUUUUGGUUUUCAUAAUACUUAAUAACUUGAACCUAUUUAUUGACUUUUUAUUAUAUUUGUAUUAAAUGCUCUAUUUUCAUCUGAUUAAUACAAAAUUAGGGUUUGACUUUAUAGUUAUGUAUAGAAUUGUUGAAAUGUGCCUAUCAUGUAAUUCAUCAGAUAACAUUGGGGAUUUAAAAAAAAAUUGCCUAUUUUGAAAAUAGUUUUCAUUUUAUGCUUGUAAUUAAAAUCAUAAUUUUUUUUA